GGUGUUGCUCUACUAUAUAACUCCCCUUUUUCUUCUGCUUCCUAACAGCUUUGCCAGUUAUAUUUAGUGCUCCUUUUCCAACCAAUAAUGUCGCUAAAGAUUCUCAACUACAAGUCUUUAGACACUGUGCAUAUCCCAGUUGUGAUUCUCCAUGGUGUUUCCUCCGAGGAGAGUGGUAUUAUUCAGGCCUACUACAACGGGAACUUCUUCCCCCAGCAAUACUUUGACGUUAAUGCCAAAUACUUCAAGGCCUUAAUCUACUUGCAACCUGGGCCCAAUUUGAUCUAUUUAACCUAUUAUCCCGGCUACUUUCGCAAUUCUCUUCCUAUUUUUGAUUCCCAGUCGAGAUUGCAUGUCAAACCAUUUUCGGAAACAAUCACUAUCAAUUAUACGCCUUUGCUAAACAAUCCUCCCCUUCAUUUGUGUUUAUUGGUGGGAAAGGAUUCGCCUAUGACUUUUGAUUCUCCUGAAUGGAAGAAGAAACUUGAAGGCAAUGAUUUAAAUCUAGCUGUCAGAAAACUAAAGUUAGGUGGUAGGUUAAUGCAAGCUUUCACAAAUGAGCAAAUGCUAAGGAACAACCUCGGAAACAGGUGUUUUAGAUUUGAGGAGGAAUAUUCAAAUGACACCUUAUCCAAAGUUGAAAACAAGAAUAAUAAAAACGAUCCCACUUUUACUUACAACAACCUGAGAAGCAACAUUAAAGUCUAUAUUUUGAAGUCAGAAAAAACUGUUUCUCAAUUAAGGGAUCCACACCUAGCUCAGCAAAACAACAAUGGUAAAAAUAAAGGUGGAUUAUUUGGAAUUGCUUGUGAUGCCUUGAAAAAAUAUGGUGCUCCUUUUGAUAAACCUUCACAAUGCGCUGUCAUGUUUUUAGAUACUCAUUGGGACUCUGACAAAAACUUGAUUUUAGCCCAUGCUGCCUUGGGUGGUUCAAUUGACCGUUAUAAACUUGCAAUUUUCGGUUCUCAUGGAUUAUGGUCAUGGCCAUCAUCCUUUGAAGAAUUGCAUUUAUCCUUUUCAGAAUGCAUCAAAACAAAUACAAAAGAAGUUGCUAACGACUGUAAUGAAUGUGGCUCUGCUUGGGAAUGUCUAAAUGUCACCUUGGGUGCCUUUUUACACGAAAUUGGCCAUUUAUUGGGCUGUCCUCACCAACCUUCUGGUGUUAUGUUGAGAGAUUACGUCACCUUUAAUAGAUCUUUUAUGACAAUUGAACAGUACUCAACAAGAACAAAAAGUAAUGGCCUAUUUCCAAUUUUACCUAAAGAUGAAUGUGAUUGGCAUAGAUUAGAUCUACUAAGGUUUUUAUAUCAUCCAAGUUUUAAAUUACCAAACGAUUGGAUUGACAACUCAGUUCCUAAUUACCCCGAUAUCUACCCUCAAAAAACUGUUUUAUAUCCCUUAAAUGAUGGUAAUAUUGUCUGUAAAUCAAGUACUGGUAUCUAUUUAGUUGAAUUACACACAGAUGAUAAAUGCAGGGCUCACUUGGAAUAUUUACCCAAAAAUCUUAAAAACGGAGUUGGUCCCCAAAACGAAAUAUUAUUAAACUAUUAUGGCUUGGAAAAUUUAUUACCGCAAGAUCAAAAGGGGAAAAAAUUGUCCUUGGAAAUCUUAUCAAUUGGUAGUCAAUACAAAAUUGAUGAUUUUUUAAAAUUAUCAAACGAAUCUUCAAAAAGUCGAAUCACUGGUCAUUUUGGUUUAAACAGAGGUAACUUGGUUGCUUUUAAGUCGUCUUAUUUAGGCUCAAAAGAUAACCAAGAAAGACCAUUUAUCACCUUCAACCCACGAGAAGUGAUAUGUGUCAGAGUGUAUCAUGGUGGUGCUUUAGACGGUGUUGAGUUUAUGACUAGAUAUGGUUCAAAUUUUGUUGGAAAUAAAACAAAAAAUUAUACUGACUUUCCUUUAAACAAAAAUGAAUCUAUAUCUUCAUUUAAGUUGAAAUGUGGUUCUUGGGUUGAUGCUAUUCAAAUUAUAACAUCAACUGGAAGACAAAGUGAAAUGCUUGGUAAUAAAAAUGGUGGUGGUUUAGGUGAAUUAUCACCACCGGAAGGUUUUGAAAUUAUUGGUUUAUCAGCAAGAGUAUCGAGUUGGAUUGACGGUCUUGCAUGUAUUUAUGUCAAUGAAUAAAAAAAAUUGAUUGUGAAUUAAAUACAAAUUGUGAUAUAUAUAUAUCAGUAAAAAAUAAAUGAUUGGCGUAUAAUUAAAGUUUAUUAAACUUGAAUCAAUUCUCAUAUUUCGCCCAAAUAGGAAAUGUUGUUUCAAAACACCAUUCAUUAUCAAUAUUUUCAUAUUUGAAAGCAUGUAAGUAUAAUA